GACCAGCACAAAACAAUGGUCCUUUAACUAUAUCAUCUUCUAUUAGUUAUUUAAAUGAUUCUUCAUCUUCAGAAACUCAGGAUCUCAAUAAUAAUAACAUUACUUAUCCAAAUAUUCAUACUUAUGGAACUAAUGAAUCAUUCCAAAAUGCAUUCAUUGAUCAAUCAUUUUUGCUUCCACCCUCCUCUUUUGUUCACGAAGGAUUAAUACAAAAUGAUGAACUUGACCUGUCUCGAAAUGCCACAUUAUCCUUUAUUAAUCAUUUAAUCGAUUCAUCCUCUUUCGAAAUUACAGAUAAUAAUAAUAAUACACCUCUUAGCGUCCACCCUUAUGAAACCACUGAAAUCUUCCAAAAUACGUUCAUUGAUUAA